AUGACCAAUCCCGGGCGCAUGCCUCCGCCUAAGACGAACCAGCUUACGCCAAAGCAGCUCGCUGACUUCAGGAAGGGCCCAAAAGCAAACAUCGUCAUCGGCCCCGACAAUAACCGCUACAUCGGUCUCGAGAGUGCAUCCGUGAAUCUGCUAGCACACUUCUCCCCCGUAGCCCGGAAGAAGCUCAUCGAAGAACGAGCCACCGUCUUAACCAUUCCUAACGGCUCAAAAGAUGCCAUCCGUUGGAUCUACAAGUACAUACAAGCUGGCGAGCGUGAUCCCAUCGACACGUCUACGUUCGAGGCACUCAACUCCGAUGCCUUGAUCGUCAUGUACAAACACUGCGAAUUUCUCGAAUACGAUUCCUUGAAGAAGCGGAUUUUCGGUCGACUGAAGAGCAAGUUCUAUCAUACCCUUCCCACUGUGGAUGAGAUUAAGCAAUACCAGAAUGCGAUCCCGGCGCUGUACGACUGCGCGAUUCGCUGUAUUGUCGAUGAGAUGGCGAAGCCGUGGACUUGCAGCUAUGAGCCAUAUUUAGAACUUGCGGAUACGAAUGAGGCCUUUGGAAAGGCGCUGGACGGUGCUUUGCAGAAAUACAUCGCCUCGCGUGUGAAGGUCAGCGAAGAGUACUAUCGCGAUACGAAGGAUCGGCGUGUGAUCUGGGCCAUCAAGUAUGUCGAGGACAUCCGCGCUGGCCGUCGUCCCUACACGAAGUUCAGUGAUAGGUCUCAGCAGAAGGGCAAGGCCGCCGCAGGUCAAUUCAACAAUGUUAAGGCUGAUGCGAACUGCGUGGCAGGGAACAUUCCCGCUCUUACAGCCAAGCAGGAUAAGAAGUAUGUCAGCAAAACCUACACACCGUUCACCUGCCACAAAUGCGGUGGCGAAGGCCACAUUGCACGCAACUGCACCACGGCGACUGCUGCUGAGUCCGCCAUCACCAACGGAGUCACAUACAAGAAGCCCUCGCAGCGCACCGGUCCAAUCUGCUACACCUGCAAAGGAACCGGCCAUCUUUCCCGCUUCUGCCCAGCUUCGCAAUCCACCGCCAAACCCGCAAUCAUCACCGGUCUUCUCAACAAAGCAACAGACAAGCGCCCCCCACCCGUCUGCUUCGAAUGUGGCGAGAACGGGCAUAUCGCGCGCAACUGUCCGGAGGAGAAGCCGCAAUCUGAGCGGAGCAAGGCGAAGGCGAAAGAGCCGUUUGUUUGCUACAAGUGUGGCGGGGAAGGCCAUAUGGCGCGUGAGUGUGUGGAGGAUGUGCAGGGUGAGGAACAGGCUGGUUUCUCCGAUUUCCCAGCCUUGCCUCCCGCCAAAGCCUCUACAGGCGGUGGAAAGAUGGUCAAUGGAUUGCGUCCUGCUCUCGGUCCUGCUCGCGCUGCUGCUGCCGCUGACCUUGGCGUCAAUCAGGCAAACGCUAUCGACGAGGAGGAAGGAGAGGGCUCGAAGACACCUGAUUAUGAGGUUCGUUAG